CGUGGGCACGAGCGGAACGUGUUAGGACAGCUCGUGCCUCAAACUAUUUUAGAGUAGAAGUGUGUAAACGACAGAGAACACAACUUUGUUUUUUAAUUGUUAAAUAUAGGUUACUUUGCUAGUUUAACGAAAGAAAUGGCGCUCACAGAUGCAGACGUCCAGAAGCAGAUCAAGCACAUGAUGGCCUUCAUUGAGCAAGAAGCUGCCGAAAAAGUAGAGGAAAUUGAUGCUAAGGCAGAGGAAGAGUUCAACAUAGAGAAAGGACGCCUUGUGCAGACACAGAGGGUCAAAAUAAUGGAAUACUAUGAGAAGAAAGAAAAGCAGAUAGAACAGCACAAGAAAAUUCAGAUGUCCCACCUUCUGAACCAAGCCAGGCUAAAGGUGCUGAAGGCCCGUGAUGACAUGAUCAUGGAUUUGAUAAAAGAAGCCCAAGAAAGACUUGCAGACAUUGCCAAGGAUCCUGAUAACUACUCUGUAUUACUACAAGGUCUUCUGCUCCAGGGGUUUUACCAACUUCUCGAAUCUAAAGUAACUGUCCGCUGUCGGCAACAGGAUGUAGCGAUGGUUCAGGCUGCUGUUGACAAGGUCAUUCCUAUUUAUAAAGAGUCAGUGAAAAUGAACAUUGUGGUCAAAAUUGAUCCAGACCGUUUUCUUCCUUCGGAUAUAUGUGGGGGAGUUGAUGUUUAUAAUGAUAACGGGAAGAUUAAGGUCUCCAAUACACUAGAAAGAAGACUCGAACUUAUAACUCACCAGAUAAUACCUGAAAUCAGAGUGGCCUUGUUUGGAGUUAACCCUAAUCGCAAAUUCAUGGAUUAAUAGUGCAUUUGAGGAGAGCUGUGUGUAUACAGGUGGAUGGAGUGUAAUGUUUUAACUUUUCCCCAUUGUUACAAAUAUGAUGUGUAUUUGACAUUUUACCUGUUACGUUCAAGGUUUGUUUGUGUUGGAAAAGAACUAUAUUUAUAUCUAUCUAUAUCUAUCUAUCUAUCUAUAUAGAUAGAUAGAUAGAUAGAUAGAUAGAUAGAUUUUCCAGGUUAAUAGCCCACAAUUUUUGACUCUUAUAAGCAGACAAAAAUAUUCAAAAGUAAUAAAUGUUUAUGAGAGAAAGACAAAUAUUAUUUAUUUAUUUAUUGAUCUUUUAUAAAUGUACAUUGUUUACUCUGUUUGUUUGUUUACACUAAAAUGUAUUAGCCCUGAAAAUAAGCAGUGCACUCUAUCUAAAUAUUACUCCACUAAAUGUAAAAAACAACAAUAACAACUGUGGUGCCACCCAGUGGACUUAAGAUAAUGGCAAAUGGCAGAGAGCAAGGUUACUUAGAGUCUUCAAAGGUGCAAUAUGAGUUAAGACAUUUGUUGUCAAUAAUUUGAUUAAAACUGUUCAAGAUAUUUUCACACAAAAAGUAAUCUGUUAAGUUGGUGCGUACAUGCAUCAAUUUCAUUUAAGACGUUUACUUCUUUCAAUCUUCAUAGAUGUAUUAAAAACUGUUUAAAUGUAUUUUAAGCCUCUCAAAUGCAUCAUCCCAACAUUGUGCCGUAGGCAGGAAGCGAGCAGUGUUAUAUGCUACUCUAAUACUGGGAUUAAAGCAUUACCAUCAGAUUAACACAUGACCUUAGAGACACCAACAGACAGUUCUUCCCAAUCCAGGGGGAAGCCUAGAAUCCAAGAUUACAACUCACGGAUAGAGUAGCCUCCUAGAGCAAGGAGAUUAGACUCUUUUUGGAAACAUACUGAUACUUGAAAAAACUGAUUUUUAUCAGUUAUGCACAAGUCAUUGCAAAGCAAUAUGCCUUAAUCAAAUGUAUGUAGUAAUAAAAAUAUUACAAUUAAUUACAUGAACGUUGCUGUUAUGCAACUAGUUUGACAUGGCCACGUAUAUGUUAAACUUAUAGGCAUUUUGUUAGCAAGCUUAAACACAUUUCAUCCCUUUCACUUG